AUGGAGAAGAGUAAAAAAUUGCAGAAAAGCUACUUUGAUGUGUUGGGUCUGUGCUGCUCCUCUGAAGUGCCACUCAUCGAAAACAUCUUGAAACCUCUUGAAGGAAUCAAAGAGGUUUCUGUCAUAGUUCCUUCGCGAACUGUCAUUGUUCUCCACGACACUCUAGUCAUUUCGCAGCUUCAAAUUGUUAAGGCACUGAAUCAAGCAAGGUUAGAGGCUAAUAUGAGAGUGUAUGGGGAAGAAAAGCAGGAAAGGAGAUGGCCAAGCCCUUAUUCAAUAGCAUCUGGUGUCCUACUUUUGCUUUCCUUUCUCAAAUUUGUGUAUAAUCCUCUCAAGUAUUUGGCACUUGGUGCUGUUGCUGUGGGUAUCUACCCAAUCAUCCUAAAGGCCAUUGUCUCCAUACGGAACCUUAGGCUUGAUGUUAGCAUUCUCAUGAUCAUAGCAGUUAUUGGAACAAUUGCUAUGGAUGAUUAUUUGGAAGCCGGCACCAUUGUUUUCCUCUUCUCAAUUGCAGAAUGGCUAGAAUCAAGGGCAAGUCACAAGGCAAAUGCAGCAAUGUCAUCUUUGAUGAACCUAGCCCCUCAAAAAGCAGUCAUAGCUGAAACAGGAGAGGUUGUGGAUGCUGAUGAGGUGAAAGUGAACACCAUUUUAGCAGUUAAAGCAGGCGAGGUGAUACCCAUUGAUGGAGUUGUUCUAGAUGGAACCUGUGAAGUUGACGAGAAAACUUUGACUGGAGAAUCAUUCCCUGUGGCAAAACAAAAGGAUUCGACUGUAUGGGCUGGCACCAUCAAUUUAAAUGGUUAUAUUAGUGUGAAAACUACUGCACUGGCUGAAGACUGUGUGGUGGCUAAAAUGGCAAAGCUAGUGGAAGAAGCUCAAAACAGUAAAACCAGUGUUCAGAGUUUGAUCGACAAGUUUGCCAAGUUUUAUACCCCUGUUGCAACCUUUUGCGCUUACACCAGAGCAGCCACAUCAGGUCUUCUCAUCAAAGGGGGUCACCAUCUUGAAACACUUGCAAAAAUCAAGGUCAUGGCCUUUGACAAAACGGGUACCAUAACGAAGGGUGAAUUUGUGGUCACGCAGUUUCAAUCUCUUUCAGAUGACAUUGAUUUGAACACAUUGCUUUACUGGGUGUCAAGUGUAGAGAGCAAGUCAAGCCAUCCACUGGCAGCAGCGAUUGUGGAUUAUGGAAGGUCUCUCUCCGUUGAACCAGUGCCAGAAAAGGUGACAGAGUUUGAAAACUUUCCUGGGGAAGGAAUAUGUGGAAAAAUUGAAGACAGAGUUAUUUACAUUGGAAACAAAAGAAUUUCCGCAAGAGCCGGGUCAGAAACAGUUCCAAUCUUACAAGGUGAAAUUGCAAGAGGAAAGACCACUGGAUACAUAUACUUGGGAGCAACCCCAGUUGGAUUUUUCUCUCUUUCGGAUGUUUGCAGAUUAGGGGUUCAGGAAGCAAUUGGGAAGUUGAAGUCAUUGGGAAUCAAAACAGCUAUGCUCACUGGUGAUGGUGAAUCUGCCGCGAUGCAAGCACAGGAGCAGCUGGGGCAUUCUCUGGAGUUAGUCCAUGCAGAACUUUUGCCAGAGGACAAGGUGAAAAUCAUCUCAGCUUUUAAGACGGAAGGUCCAACAGCCAUGAUUGGAGAUGGUAUAAACGAUGCGCCGGCAUUAGCUGCAGCUGAUAUUGGAAUCUCAAUGGGUAUUUCAGGUUCUGCACUGGCAAGUGAGACAGGCAAUAUAAUUCUUAUGUCAAAUGACAUUAGGAAGAUACCAGAAGCCAUUAAACUUGCAAGAAAAGCACGUAGGAAAGUGAUAGAAAACAUUCUUUUGUCAAUCAGUACUAAGGCUGCGAUUAUUGGUUUGGCCAUUGGUGGUUAUCCAUUGGUUUGGGCAGCAGUUGUUGCUGAUGUUGGAACCUAUCCUCACAAGUGUGCCUCCUCCCAGAGAAGCUCCUCAACAUGUCCUCCAGCCUGCUCUUCAAAUUCAAGUUUAGGUGCAAUUGUUAACCAUUGUAAGACCAUGAAGGGUCAUGAUCAAUGUAAAGGAAGUGAUGAAUUCCAUGAACAUGAUCACUGUCAUCAUGGAGGAUGUGACAAGAAUCAGGAUGGAAUCCACAAGCAUGAUACGGAAAACCACUUGAAUUCACGCAAUUUGAUUAUAAAUGAAGAAGAUAAUCAUGCAGUUGCAGCAAACAGGCAUGGCCAUUGUGCAGGACAUAAGGCUCAUGGGACAAAACACUGCCACCACCAACAUGUUGACAUGGUUGCUCAUGGUGAAGUUUUGCAUAGUUCUCCUGGCCAUCUUCAUCUCUCACGUCAAAAGGAGGGCCAGCAACACGCCAAUAACCAUUGCCACUCUAUCCCUUGUUGUGAAAACCUGAAAGACCCUGAAUCCAGAAAUGUUUUACAUUCCAAUCAAGACAUGCAUCAUAAAAAACCAGGUUGUAGUUCUGACCUUGAGAAGCAUGGGACAGGUGAAAUUUCCAUUGAUAUCAUCAUUGAGCACGUUGAACUAGCCCCAAUGCAUGGUUGUUCAAGUUUGGCAGAGAAAGAAAAAGGUUCCUGCUGUGAAGGCUGCUCAGAGACAUGCGAGAAUUUGCCUGCUGUGUGUGGCUGUGAGUGUUCAAACGAGAGAGAAGAUAGUGCAUGUUGCAGAAAUGAGUGCUCUUCAAAAGAAUGCAAGGAAUCUCCCAUUAUGCAUGUUUGUCUUGGUUUGGACAAGAGAGAAUUUGGUGGAUGUUGUAAGAGCUAUAUGAAGGAAUGCUGCGGCAAACUUGGACACUCAAGAGCUGGUUUUGUAGGAGGUUUAUCAGAAAUUAUGACAGAAUCGGUGUAG